AACAUUAACAAUCGAUUUAACCAAACAAUUUUUAUAAACAAUCUAUAUUCAAACAACCAAUAUAAAGAAACCAAUUAAAAUAGCCGGCUUAAAAAACAGCCAAUUGCCAAUCGCCAACCGCCAACUGCCAACAACCAAUUACCAAAGCAUCAAAAUUAGAAUAAAUACCAAAGAUUGCAAAAAAAAAAAAAAACCGACGACUGUAAAGACGUGGAAGCCAUUAAUAACUGUCGUAAACUGAACACUAAAAUAUCCAAAAAAUUUCCCCCAAAAUUUAGCUCUACCUUGGCCACGUCGGAAAAUCCAGCGCUCAUUUUAACCUUUUUCCCCCCUUUACGCACUCUUCUUUACUUCAAUCUUCCUCUAUAAACUAAAAAUCCCCCCAAUUUUUUCUGCUUUCCUUUCUCUCUCCUCUGCACACAACAGAGAAAAAAAAAACCUCCCAAUUCCAAAAAUUUGAUUCGAUUUCUUCCAUUUCUAGGGUUUCUAGAUCGUAUAUGUCAACAAUGAAUCGAAACGCUUUGCCUCCUUCUCUCGUCGCCAAUCUUCAGCAAGUUUUAUCAUCCAGAAAAAAUGUCGAAAAACAACAACCACCUUCCGAGUCCAACAACGAGUUGACUCAGUCCACUGAACAACUUCAUCAACAACAAGAAAUACAAGAAAAACAAGAAGAAGAAUCUCCUUCUUCUGCUGAUAUUGAGUCUAUUUCGGAGGAAACGAGCUCGAAACCGGUUAUUUUGGUCACUAAUGGCGAUGGAAUUGAGUCCUCUGGUCUAAUAUGUCUUGUGGAUGCUCUUGUUCGUGAAGGUCGUUUCGACGUUUACGUUUGUGCGCCGCAAUUUGAUAAAUCUGCAUCUGGACAUUCGUUGACAGUUCGUGAGACAGUUGAGGUGACUUCUGCUGAAAUCAGUGGUGCCACUGCUUUCGAAGUUUCUGGUACACCUGCAGAUUGUGUGUCAUUAGCUUUAUCUCAGGCAUUAUUUUCUUGGUCAAAGCCUUUAUUGGUACUAAGUGGAAUUAAUAGGGGAUCAAGCUGUGGUCAAAACAUGGUGUAUUCGGGGGCUAUUGCUGGAGCCAGAGAGGCAUUGAUACAUGAUGUGCCGUCACUUUGUAUAUCAGUGGACUGGAAAAACAAUGUAAAUUCUGAGAAUGAUUUCAAGGAUGCAGUUGAAAUUUGCUUGCCGUUGAUAAAUGCAACAAUUAGAGACAUUGAGAAUGAAAGGUUCCCAAAAGGCUGCUUUCUUAAUGUAGAGAUUCCAAGUUCUCCUUCCACUAACAAGGGUUUCAGAUUGACAAGGCAGAGCUUAUGGAGAUCUAGUCCUUCUUGGCGAGCCAUUUCUUCAUACAAGCACCCGUCUGCUAUGAAUUUUAUGGCCACUCAGCAAAGCCUUGGUAUCCAGCUUGCUCAGCUGGGACGAGAUGCCUCAGCAGCUGGUGCAGCACGCCGGUUGAAUACAAAUAGAAAGAAUGUAGAGGUUGAAUCUGUUGGUGUUGCAGCGAAACCAAACUCCCAACAAACAAUUAGAAAACAUUACCGCCUUGAGUUCUUGGAUGAGGCGAAAGAAGAUGGUGAUGAUGAUCUAGAUUUUAAGGCAGUACAAAAUGGAUUUGUUGCUGUGACUCCUCUGGCUUUGUCCUCAGACCUUCAGGCAGAGAUUCAUUCAUCUGUGUCAAAUUGGCUCUCAUCAGCCCUCACAGGUGAACGAUAAUGUUUCCCAUAACCAAUAUCAGGGUGAUUCUUUUUUUUAUUCAAAGACAGAACAGUCAACAUACUUUUGGGCCGGUUUGUUUACCUCCUUUGAUUGAAGGAAGCACAUAUAUUAUUUGUUCAUGUGCUGACUUAGAUAGAUCGGUGUGAGUGAUUGCUUUCUUGUUACACUUUUUUUUUUGUUAAUUGCUUAAUUUUGAAAAAGAUUUUCAGUCAUGCUCAAAUUUCAGCCAUCUGAAUUCUUUGUUGUACAGCGAUCAUUGGACCUUUCUCCAUUUAGUUUAAGAGCUAUAAAAACAAUUCAAUUCUUAGCUUGUUUGUGUAUUUUGGUUGUAACAAAACACCAGACAUAUGUUUGUGAAUACCUUGAUUUGUGGGGUUUGUAACAAUGAUAACUCCUUUUAGUUUUGCGAAGCUUAACCUGGCAUACACAAAUUUGAGUA